CAUGCAUAUUAUAUGCUUAUGUGAAAUGUAUGGGUGAAUGUUUAAAAUUUUUAAAUAGAAUUUAUUUUUAGUUUUUAAUUAUUAAAUAUAAAUUCACUUUUAAUAGUUUUUCCACGUAAACAGUUGUCACGUAAUUAAUAAAAUAAUAUUUUUAUUUAUUUGUGUUUAAUCAAGUUUGUACGAAAAAUAAGAAAGAAUAAUUUUAAAUUAAUUUUCAUAAUUUUUUUAAUUGUCAAGAUGGAACCGGGAUUAUUGGACCCCUCAAUGUACUUGGUGAAAGGCAUAUUGAUCAUGGACAAUGAUGGUAACAGACUCUUCGCUAGGUAUUAUGAUUCCUUAUUUCCAACUGUUAAAGAGCAGAAAGUCUUUGAGAAGAGCCUUUUCAGUAAGACUCACAAGACGAAUGCCGAGAUAUUGAUGUUGGAAGGACUCAUCUGCAUAUACAGGAGUAGUGUCGACCUACUCUUUUAUGUCAUAGGAUCUGCACAGGAAAACGAAUUAAUCUUGGUAAGUGUACUAAACUGCAUUCACGAGAGUAUCAGUACACUGCUACGUAAGAACGUUGAAAAGCGAGCUCUGCUUGAUAACAUGGACGGAGUAUUCCUGGCCAUUGAUGAGAUAUGUGACUCUGGUCUGAUACUUGAAUGCGACCCAGCCAUAGUUUCACAGAGGGCCUGCUUCAGAAUGGAUGAUUUACCAUUGGGAGAACAAACUAUUGCAUCUGUCAUCCAAUCGGCCAAGGAUCAAAUAAAAUGGCCUCUUUUGAAAUAAAUAUCAUUCCUGAUUUACUGAUUCAUUAUAUUCCUUACAUAUUUUUAUAAUUUUUGCAUGUGAUUAUUAAUAAAUAUAAUUGUUAUUAAUUAUUAGUGUUACAAUAUUAUUGUUACAAGAUUUAAACUGACUGUCUGUUGUAUGACUAUGUACGUUGUUGUCACAUACUGUUACAUGCUAUAUAUCAUUAACUGUUUGUUUUUGUUAUUUAUUUGCAUAUCUUUCGUUCUUUAUUUCGUUGCUUAUUCUGAAUUUACUUACUAGAUUUUAUUUAAAGGCAAAAAUUUACUCCCAAAAAUUAUUAGUAAAACUU